ACUCAUAUUUGGGCUAGAAUGUUUGCGGCAGCCACCAAGAACUUUGUGAAGCAGGUGGGAGACACGGGGAAGCUGAUCCCUGUGCCCAGUCUAAGCGAGGCCGACCGAUACCAGCCCCUCAGCCUGGUCAACCGCAAGAGGAGGCGCCGCUUCUUUAAGAAAUACAAGUUCUCCUCUACUCCGUUCUCCCUCAAAGACAUCCUGGUAGGGGAGAAGGAGAUCACAGCAGGCGUGUCUUCAUACCAGCUGCUGAACUAUGAGGACAAGUCGGACGUGGCUCUGAACGGUCGCCUUGGUAACCAUGUCAUCAACGACGUGGGCUUCAACAUCAGCGGCUCUGACUCGGUGGCCGUCAAAGCAUCCUUCGGGAUCGUGACCAAACAUGAGCUGGACGUGCCCACGCUACUGCGAGAGCUCAAUUCUAGGAAGGUGGACCUGGAUCACUGCCUCGUGCGACAGUCCCGGGACAGUGGGCGCAGCGUCAUGUGUGUGGUGGUGGAGAGCAUCAGGACCACCAGGCAGUGUUCUCUGACCGUCCACGCAGGGGUCAGAGGCACCACCAUGAGGUUCCAGAUCGAUGAUGGCCGGAACCCCAAAGGCCGAGACAAGGCCAUAGUGAUCCCCGCACACACCACCAUCGCCUUCAGUGUGUGUGAGCUGUUUGUGAGGCUGGACGGACGGCUGGAUAUCUGUGUGGCUCUGGACUCUCAGGGCGGGUUUGAGCGGGAGCAGAUCAGAGAACAGCUCGGAGGCUUCAUCGGACGCUUCUCCUUUGGUCGACUGAGGCGUUUCCUAUCCGGAAUCAUCUACGGCAACCCGUUCAGAGCAGAUGAGAGAACAUUCGAGGAAUUGACUUACUCAGACACCUACGACAUGGAGAUGGUGCCAGACUACUAUGAGAAGGCUGCCAGUAUGACGGACAUCUCCACAGCUUACCUCCGGGAGAGCAGCCACACCAGGGUGAACCUCCUGAAACACAACAUCCCCAAAGGGCCGUGUGCACAGUGCGGGAUGGGACAGCAGAAGAGGGAGACGGUCUAUGGGUGCCUGGAGUGCACACACGGAGGCCAGAAGUACGUCCGGCUACAUGUGGUGCACUGCUUUGACCUCUGGCACAAGCUGCUGAGGUGAAGAAAG